UCUCCGAUCUGCAAAGCUGAGAGAAGAGAUAAAUGGGACCUGUGAGUAACAAAACAUGAUCAAUGAUAAGGGUUUUUAUUUCUCUCUCUCUCUCUCUCUCUCUCUCUGUGUGUGUGUGUGAGAGAGAAAGAGAUUAAUGCAUAAGGCACAAUUGCAGCUGCAGCAUCAAUGAUUCCUACCGAGAGAAACAGAGAGAGAAAGAGAGAGAAGGAGGUGGUCUGUAAGAGAGCCAUACUCGCAGAAUGUGACAGCAGAAAAAAUGAGAGAGAGAGAAAGAUAGAGAGAGAGAGAGAGAGAGAGAGAGAGAGCGUGCAGGCAGAUGAAAGAGAAAGGAGGAGCUGAGAGGAGGAACAGGACGACGAAGGUGUCAGCAUCAGGGCCCCCCCUCCACACACACACACACACACACACACACACACACACACACAUACAUACAUACAUACAUACAUUUACACAGGCACUCACAAAGGAUAGGAGGAGAGGAAGAAGUGAAGAAAAAGACAUGAGAUGAGAAGGAGAAGAGGAGAGAGCUCGGAGAACACUGCUUCCACGUCCACGUUGUAGUGGCUGUAGCGACUUCCAUCACAGCCGUGCGUGCGUGCGUGCGUGCAUGUGCGUGUGUGUGUGUGUGUGUCUGUGUGAUAUGGAAUCCAGAGCGCUGCAUCCUCUCAGCUCAGUGCUGCUAAUGAAGACCGGGACGCUGCAGUGACCAUGUGUGUGUGUGUGAGAGAGAGAGAGAGCAUCGGAGUGUGUGUGCGCAUAUGGAGCUCUGAUAGGUGCAGUGCUGCUGCUGUGUGUGUGUAAGAGGAGUGUGAAGACGGACACAAUGCGAGGACAGGAGGAACUGAGAUAGAGUAGAAAUCAAGGUGUGUGUGAGUGUGUGAGUGUGUGUGUGUGUGUGUGUGUAAGAGGGUGCGUGAGCGAGAGUAAGAGGUGGUCCAACUCCAGCAUCAUCAGCAUUCCUGCUGCAGAAGCACCGCUAAGUCAUCUGCACACACUCGUACACUGGCACCAGGGGUGGACGAGGGGGUCGUUGCUAACGGAGACGGUCCUGGGUCAGAGGCGGUGACCCCAGCGAACGGCCGUCGGCACGGAGACGCGUGGUAGCAGGGGCGUGAGCGAGAGUGACGGGCGGAAAGCCAGCAUGGGCGAGUGGACGAUAUUGGAGAGGCUGCUGGAGGCUGCGGUGCAGCAGCACUCCACCAUGAUCGGGAGGAUCCUGUUGACAGUGGUGGUGAUCUUCCGCAUCCUGAUCGUGGGUAUAGUGGGUGAAAAGGUGUAUGAGGACGAGCAAAUCAUGUUCAUAUGUAACACGCUGCAGCCUGGCUGCAACCAGGCCUGCUACGACAAGGCCUUCCCCAUCUCACACAUACGCUACUGGGUUUUCCAGAUCAUCCUGGUGUGCACCCCGAGCUUGUGCUUCAUCACCUACUCUGUGCACCAGUCGGCCAAGCAUAAGGACCGGCAGUACACCAUCCUGCAUGGUCCAUACAUCGACCACGGGCACGGAACCAACCGCAAACUGCGCAGCCUCAACGGCAUCCUUGUCCACGACUCCAAGGACGACGAUAUUCCGGAGCUCAAGGACAUUCCGAACAUCCCUUCGUGGCCCACUCGGCCGUCAAAGAGUGCCAAGGCACGGCAACAGGAGGGCAUUUCGCGCUUCUACGUCAUCCAGGUGGUGUUCCGUAACGCACUGGAGAUCGGCUUCCUGGCCGGCCAGUACUUUCUUUACGGAUUCAACGUCCCGGCGAUGUUCGAGUGCGACCGCUACCCGUGUGUCAAGGAGGUGGAGUGUUACGUGUCACGGCCCACCGAGAAAACCGUCUUCCUGGUGUUCAUGUUCGCCGUGAGUGGCGUUUGCGUCGUGCUCAACUUGGCCGAGCUCAACCACCUGGGCUGGAGGAAGAUCAAAGCGGCAGUGCGCGGCGCUCAGCAGCGCAGGAAGUCCGUGUGCGAGCUCAGGAAGAAGGAUGCCUCGCACCUGUCCUCGCUUCCCAACCUGGGGCGCACGCAGAGCAGCGAGUCGGCGUAUGUCUGACGGAGAGUAGGGGAGGGGCUUAGGAGGGCAUGGGCAUGGAUGACCAGACGGAAGCAGAAGGCGCGUCCUACGAUUAUGACUGGAUAGCAUGAGACAACUUGGUGUCGUUCGCAGGGUCGGACAACGGGGAGAGAGAGAGAGAGAGAGAGAGAAAGGGAUGGACGAGAAAGAUGAUACGUGGACCUAAAUGCUGGAGAGACAAACAUUCUCUGCGAGUGAAAAGACUCUUAAUUUAAAAACAUAGACGCAUGCAAGGACUCACACUCACAUACCUGUCUCCCCAAGACCUGUGGAUGUCUUCCAAACACGUCAAACAAGAAAAACAGCUUUUGAGAGGCUAUGGAGAUAGAGAUAGAGAGAGACAGAGUUGUUCGAAAGUGAGCUCACUGAUUGGCUCUCAUUGUUGA